CUUAAUUAGCCUUUAUGUACGUACGUGCGCACCGAUCAACUCGGCGUAAUCGCUGCUCGGACUACAACUACGAACCAACAGAGCACUCCCGGCCGUGUGUUCCUUCCCCGAGCUAGCUAGCUACAUCGUUUGCCUUGCCUUGGCGGCGUACGUGGACAUGAAACGCCAACAACACGGCGAGGUGGACGCCGGAAUAUGCCGCCGCCGUAGCCCACGUCUCCAUCCCCAAAUCCAUGCCAGUGACGUGGGCGCCACGGUGGCCUGCCGACGCAGCACGCGUCUCCAUCCCCAGACCCACACGAGCGACGAGGGAGCCCGACUCAUCCAUCGCCGCCGCCGCCGCGGCACCUUGCUGGACAACGACGAAGAUAUGCUCUGGGAGGUCUUACUCCGCCUCGCGCCGCAGCCGUCCGCCCUCCUGCGUGCAUCCGCGGUAUGCAGGCGCUGGCGACGCGUCACCACUGACCCCCAGUUCCUUCGCUGUUUCCGUGCCCACCACCGCAAGCCACCCCUCCUCGGCUUGCUCAUGUGUCGCAACAGCCGCAAGAACGUGUUCCACCCCGUCCUGAAUCAUCCCGACCGCAUCCCUUCGAAGCGCUUCACCCUUGGAUGCUACAGUCAAGUACGUUACUGUGUGCUCAGUUGCCGCCAUGGUCGCAUCCUCGUCAAAGACUCAAAGAAUAAAGAGGCCUUUCUGUGCGACCCCAUCACAGGCGAGCAGCACCGCAUGCCCGUUCCGCCGGGGUUCGACAUGACCUAUCUCAGCGGGGCGGUGCUCUGCACCGCCGGCGACCAGGGCCAUGUGCACGGCAGCUGCCACGCCAGCCCCUUCAAAGUGGUCCUGUUGUCCAUGUUCAUACAUGAUGAUCGACGACCUAUGGCCCGCGUUUUCUCCUCAGAGACCGGCAGAUGGGGCAAUCUCAUCUCAAUUGAGACUCAACCUAAGACUAUGUAUGGUCCUUGUUGCCCCAACACCCUUGUUGGCAAUGUGAUUUACUGGUUGUCUAGGUAUGGGAGAGACGAUAUAGUUGAGUUUGAUUUGCAGGGGCAGAAGCUUACCCUGAUCAAGGGGCCUUGCAGUAUGAAUGAUUUUGGCAUAUGUCAGUGUCAGAUUAUACGGACAGAUGAUUGUAUUGUUGGUGUUGCCAUGUUGUCUUACCAGGACAUUCAAGUGUGGCAGAGGGAGGUCAAUUCUGAAGGUGUUUCCAUAUUGUUGGUCCAAAAGAUAGUUGCAUUGCAUAACAUUCUUAAGACCCUUCCUCAAAAUUCGGAAACGAUGCCAUGGAACGAAUUGAUGGGGUAUGGUGAGGAUACCAAUGAAAUAUUUUUAUAUAUGCACGAUAGUGCCUAUAUGGUUCAACUCAAGUCAAUGCAUUCCACAAAAAUUGAUGUACCAUGUUCUACGAAGUACUAUCCUUUCAGGAGUUUCUACCUACCAGGGAACUGUUGUCAACUAUCGGAGUUCUUAUGCUUCUAGGCACAACCAUUGCCGGUGGAACUAAUGGAGCUAAAAAGUGAGGAUGAUUGUCUGGUUUGACGUGCUAAUGUGCUAAAACGGUUCAACAGGAAAGAAGAUCUUCUGAAUAUAAUUUGUGAGUUUUAAAAUGUUUGAUUUUUCUCUUUGGAAGAUAUGUGACAGACAAUGUGGGUAACAUGCACCCUCAAAAUAUUGUCCACGUGGAUGAGAUUUAGAUCUGCACAUGCUAACAACGUAGAGAAACAAUUAAAAUGGUGACGAUGCUACAUGUUGGAGCAUAAAUGAUAUGUUGAUAAUCCAGUUCUUAUAUGCCCAUAGUUCUCCCUUGGUUUUCUAUAUCAUAAUCCAUAAGUUGAAAGUAAUAUAUUCAUAGCCCAUUUUUCUAUUGCACACAUUAGUCAGUUCAUUUAACCCCAUCACCUACAAAAUUUUAGUGUCGGUCAAGAAGUUGUAUCAAUGCUUACAUGACUUAAAUUAAUGAUGUAGAAGU